GCUUACUGCAGAGUAGCAAGGGGGCGUCCAUGGUAUUUGGGGCCGUUAUUUGUAUUGAUUGUGGAUACAGUUAUUCUUGCUGAGCUCAAAGUGACAAUGCCCAGGUAUAAAAAUGGUCAUCAGCUUCGAACAUAAAUCAAAGAAUCAGAAGUUCUCCGUCUUCAAUUACAAACAGUCAACAUCUGAUAUCUUAUCAACUUUUACCGAAGAUGCGUUUCUCGGAAAUCGUCGCCAUUGCACUGGUAACUGGUGCCACUGCGUAUGAUCUGCCAGAGAACCUGAAGCAGAUCUACGAGAAGCACAAGAGCGGAAAAUGUGCCAAAGAACUGAAAGGUGGCUACGACAAUGGCCAUUCUCAUGAUGGAAAGUCCUUCUCUUACUGCGGCGACAUCCCCAACGCGAUCUACCUUCAUUCGUCGAAGAAUGGAGGCCAAUAUGCCGAUAUGGACAUUGACUGCGACGGAGCGAAUAGACACGCUGGCAAGUGUUCCAAUGAUCACUCUGGCCAGGGUGAAACCCGCUGGAAGGACGAGGUUCAGAAGCUCGGGAUUGAUGACCUGGAUGCAAAUAUCCAUCCAUAUGUGGUCUUUGGAAAUGAGAAUGAUGACGGCGACGACCCUGAAUUUGAUCCACGGAAGCACGGAAUGGAGCCAUUGAGUGUGAUGGCUGUUGUAUGCAAUAAAAAACUGUUCUAUGGUAUAUGGGGCGAUACCAAUGGCCAUACUGCAACCGGAGAAGCGUCUCUUUCAAUGGCAGAGCUUUGUUUCCCUGAGGAGGACCCCUCUGGGGACAGUGGCCAUGAGGAUAAUGACGUUCUCUACAUUGGUUUCACCGGAAAAGAGGCAGUGCCUGGAAAGAGCGCUGACUGGAAGGCAGACAGUACUGAGGCCUUCGAGGAAAGUAUCAAGGAGCUGGGAGACAAAUUGGUCGCUGGUCUCAAGGCCUAA